UAUAUUUGGGCCUAAUUCCUUAAUAAAAUUUGGGCCCAGUUGUUCAGGCCCAACUUCUGUUAACUUAAUUCCAGCCCAACCUUUCUCUAACUCAACUGCACAGCCCGAAACGGUGUCGUUUCAGGUACCUUUGUUUUUCUUCUUCCUUUUUCGUUGUACCGCCACGCUCCGCUAUCUGCUUCCGCACCUUCGCGUGUAGCCUAAUCAAUUUUUGGUAUUGGAUUGAGGUGAUCAAUUAAUUUAGGUUUUAAUAUGGCGUUGAGGUCGAUUUGUCGCAGCCUGAGGAAGAAUAAAUCUAUUUUGCCGAUGUGUAAUCCGUGCUCGCAUUUGCACUCCCACUCUACUAGUUUCGGAUUUAAGGAAGUAAGGGAGGAUGAAAAAAGUCGAAUGGUUGGUAAUGUGUUCACGAGCGUCGCAUCAAGUUACGAUCUCAUGAAUGACUUGAUGAGUGGUGGUCUUCAUAGAUUAUGGAAAGAAAGAUUGAUUUCCAAGUUGAAUCCGUUUCCGGGGAUUAAGCAUCUUGAUGUGGCUGGUGGAACAGGGGAUGUGGCUUUCAGAAUCCUGGAAAAUAUAAAUAACGUUGGAAGUAGAGCCAUGAGAGAUAAUCGUGAUGAUAGUAUACCGGAAGAAACCCAGAUUUACGUAUGUGAUAUUAACCCACACAUGUUAAAUGUUGGCAAAAAGAGGGCCCAGGAGAGAGGGCUCGGAGAGGAUAAGUCUCUCAUAUGGGUUGAAGGAGAUGCAGAAGCAUUAAAGUUUGAAGAUAACUCGAUGGAUGGUUACACAAUUGCAUUUGGAAUAAGGAAUGUUACGCAUAUAGAAAAAGCUCUUGCUGAAGCUAACAGGGUACUCAAACGAGGAGGAAGAUUUCUUUGCCUUGAAUUAAGCCAUGUGGAACUUCCUGUUUUGAAAGAGUUGUAUGAUUAUUACUCGUUUUCAGUCAUUCCAUCAUUGGGAGAGCUAGUUGCAGGUGAUCGUGAAUCUUAUCAGUAUCUGGUUGAGAGCAUUCGACGUUUUCCCCCACAGGAUAAAUUUGCGAAAAUGAUUGCAGAGGCUGGGUUUCAGAAGGUUGAGUAUGAAAACCUCGUCGGAGGAGUUGUUGCUAUCCAUUCUGGCCUCAAGUUGUAGGAUUACUCUCUCUCUUAAAUGACUAGUGUUGUUUGUUAGAAACUUCAGUAGAAACUGUAAUAAGUGUCGGUUUAAUGAGCUGCUUCUUGUUGGUGGUGUUUCCGUCAAUGGGAACCAUGUAUUCUUUCUCUAUAGCAAACAGUGGUGUAAUUGUUUUUUAUUUAUUUUUUGGAAACAACUGUGGUA